UCACUCCCUUUCAUUUUCUCUAUUGUUUGAGUCUAAAUUUGCAGUUGUGCAUAGUUUUCUAAAAAAAUCUAAUUAAUUUCUUGUGCAUACCAAUUAAAUAACUAAUAGCUCUGCCUCUAAACAUUUAACUAAACGUGAACUGUAUAGAAAUGGAUUAAAAAUUGUGUUUUCUGUACCAGGCUAAAGUUAGCUAGAUGUAAGGUUGCAGCGAAAUGAAAUUUUUAAUAAUGACGUAGAAAUUGAAAUUUUAUGAGUGUUGAAUAUAUAAAACAAGAUUGCUAGAUAUAAUCAAAGUUUAUGAGUGCUAACCAGUUUGUAACUACCACUGGAAAAGUGAACUAAUAAAAUGAGUAAGCCAGAAACUGAUUCGGAUAGUUCUGAGGAGUUUUUCGACGCGGAGGAUUCAACGCCAAAUCGUCUAUCGACAUUAAGUCGGAAAUGUAAGAUAUCACUUGAUGGCGCACAGGCGCAGGAUGGAUUUAUAUUCCCUGAACCUGCUGUGCGUGUAAACCCUUCAUCUGACAGCGAUGCAACUCCAAUAGGCGGUGUAACACCAGCUACCAGCAGUCCGACAAGCAGUCUCAGCUUGGGUGUGCGCGGUCCCAAGCAAGACAUGUUUGUCGAACCUAAACCCGUACUGUUUGGUAGGCAGCGCUUUCACGAAUUGCGUCAAUGCAUGCAAAAUGAUGAAGAUGAUAAUCCUGGAAACACACUCACACCUGAUUCUCAGAAUAGUUCUACAGAUGGCGUUUUUACGAAUCGCACGACGCAUCCGUUCAAGGUGAUAGAGAAUGACACCAUGAGCAUACAAAGUAUGACCUCAUUGGGUCGCGUUGGUCGCAUACUAGCAGGAAAUAUUGAUCCAUCAGCUAUGAGCGUGGACCGUGAGUCGCUAGCUGCAUAUUCUACCGCUUCUACGAAUUCACAUCAGUUGCAACAACAACAACAAAUACAACAGCAGCAACAGCAACAACAAAUGUACUUUCAACAUUUGCAGCAACAGCAACAACAACAGCAGCAACAACUACAGCAAAAUUUGGGUAUUAUGGCACCAUCCACCAGUAAUAAUUUGGCGGCUUUGGUUGAGCAACAAAAUGCUGCGGCUGCGGCAGCUGCUGCUGCAGCGGCAGCACCUCGUGCCAGUAAUGCGUCACGCAUGAACAACAAAUACAAUACGACACCAUCGCCAUCACCAACGCAUAGCCAAACAUCCACAACAACAAUUGGUGCUGCUGCAGGUGCUGCAACAAGGCCGGCUGGCGAUAGCAAGAUAAUUUUUCAAGAGCCUGAUGUGAUUGCGAGCACCAAAUUAGCACAUUCGAAAACAACAGAUUCGAUCACUUCAAGCGGACCGAUUGCGCCACCGCGACGCAAGAAAAAGUCCCGCAAGUCAACCAGUUCCUCGGAUCAGUACAGUUUGAAUGAGGCGAUGCAUACGUCCGGUGCUCCGGACACGGAAGAUACCGACAGUGAUACACGUUCCGUGAAGAGUGUGCUCGAUGUACAACAGAAGUUGCGCGAUGACAUUGCCGAGGAAAUUGACCGCUCUUGGAAAGAGAAAAAUGCGAUGGCAAGCGCGAAUGCUGGCACUGUACCUAUCGGCACAGCAACAAUAAAUAGCUCAGCGUUGCAUAUGUCUGUGGCUGGAGGCCGAACACACAGUAUUGGCAUGAAUGCGCUCACAAUGGGCAUUACCAAUAUACCUUUAGGUCCAGCCAUGACUAUGGCAACGUCAACGGGCAUCGCAUCGGCAUCCAUUGCAUCGCUGGCACAAACUUCCACAUGCAACACACGGCCUGUCACUACAGCCACUGUGGGCGGUUCUAUAAAUCGUAUUUCACAUUCGCUAGGCAAUAGUUCAACAUCGGUUUACUCGAAGCCUAGUCCAUCGAAUUCGGCAAAAAGCAAUUCUGCACCUGGACGUGUUAGAUACUUUUAUGCUGCUGGUUUUAUUUACAGCUCUAUUGAUCCCUCACAAGGUCUCAAUCUAUAUAAGGCCACACAAGGUGGUUGUGUCGUUAAGCCACGCGACGAGGCGUGCAAUAAAGCUGAGGGUCCCACGCAAGAGGAGAUCAAGCGCAUCGAACAAAUUCUGAUGGAUGACGGUGCUCGUCCCAUUUUGGCUGGCACAGGUUCGAACAGUUUGGGUAGCGCCACAAGCAAUCCCUUUGACAUAUUCAUUAUAUACAAAUUGACCACGUUGAAAGGGCCGUGGCACUUGAAGAUCAAAUAUCCCUCUCUUGUGUACCGUGCAAGCAGCGACAAGGAGCGUCGCAAAUCCGCUGGCGAUGAGGAUGUUCUCAAGCAGAUGAACAUCUAUGUGCGUACGCGCACUAGUUCUGGCAAACAAUUAACCGAUUUUGAAAUACUCAAACAGGUUCCCGUCAAAAAUUUAGAUACCGGUGAGAAUAUGACAUUGUCGGAGGUACGAUCGCCACCAGUACCCGAAGGUUGGAAUCCAUUGUCGUUGCAUAUACUGAAAUUGACGUCACAUCUCGAGGUGAACCCAAAGGAAUCUGAUGAGGAGAGCGUCAUUGGUAUACCACCAUGCAGUGAGGGUCAACCGCCGGAUGAGGAGGAGGGCGAAGCGGAGGAUGGCAGUCGUUUGAAGAAAAAGACGGCGCGCUUUAAACGUUUCCUCGGUUAUACUGUGCGCAAGACGGUGGACAAGGCUAAAUCGCUGGCGUCUGAGGUGUCACAUGCGCGGCACAAAGAGGACGUUGCCGAUAUAACGGAUGUCAUGAAUCCGGAGGCGAAUAUCAAAAUAAAAGCGUCAUCUACGAAUAAGGGACCAUAUGAAUUUACUAAAUUGCAACAUGUACAGGACUUGUAUGGCGAACACACCGGUGCUGUUUGGUGCAUGAAAUUCAGCUCUUGCGGUCGUCUUUUAGCGACCGCUGGUCAAGACAAAGUGCUACGCAUAUGGGUACUAAAAGACGCCUAUCCUUUCUUCCAAGAUAUGCGUACCAAAUACAAUGCGGAUCAGAAAUCAUCGCCUACACCCUCACAAGAAUCGCUUGUGUCGCAACAUUCGGAGGAGGCGAUCGCCAUGGCGGCCGCGGCUGAGAAAUGCACCGGCCCAUUUAUGCCGAAAGCAUUCUGCACGUAUAUUGGACACACCUCGGACUUGCUGGACGUGUCGUGGUCAAAGAACUAUUUCAUACUGUCUAGCUCGAUGGAUAAGACUGUACGUUUGUGGCAUAUAUCGCGCAAGGAGUGCCUCUGCUGCUUUCAACACAUUGACUUUGUCACGGCAAUUGCUUUUCAUCCGCGCGACGAUCGCUAUUUCCUAAGCGGCAGUUUGGAUGGCAAAUUGCGCUUAUGGAAUAUACCAGACAAGAAGGUGGCACUGUGGAACGAAGUGGACGGUCAAACUAAAUUAAUUACGGCGGCGAAUUUUUGUCAAAAUGGACAAUUCGCUGUAGUCGGCUCGUAUGAUGGACGUUGUAUUUUCUACAACACAGAUCAGCUGAAAUAUCACACACAGAUACAUGUGCGUUCAACGCGUGGCAAAAAUCGCAUUGGACGCAAAAUAAGUGGCAUCGAGCCGAUGCCGGGCGAGGACAAGAUACUCGUCACGUCCAAUGACAGCCGUGUGCGCUUGUAUGAUUUGCGUGACUUAAAUUUAUCCUGCAAAUAUAAAGGAUAUCUGAAUGUUUCGUCGCAAAUCAAGGCCUCCUUCAGUCACGAUGGCAAGUAUAUAAUUGCUGGCUCGGAAAAUCAGUGCAUAUAUAUUUGGAAAACGAAUCACGAUUACUCGAAACUAAGCUCGGUGCGCCGCGAUCGCAGUGACUUUUGGGAGGGCAUUAAGGCGCACAAUGCGACAGUCACUUGCGCUAUUUUUGCGCCACAUCCAGAGGCCAUCAUAAAAUCGGAGCCCGACGAAAUUGGACACAGCGAAAAGAUGCAAAACCAUCAGCCGGAUCCGCUUGUCGAGCAGCAUAAAAAAGGUUGUGGCUAUGUCAUGGUUAGCGCCGACUUCAACGGUGCCAUUAAAGUGUUUAUCAAUAAAACAAAGCCGAAACACAGCAGCUUACCGUACACAGCAAUCGCAGACUAAGCUUAUUUACAUAUUUAACGCUGAAUUUUAUAGUUAUUGAUUAAAACAAAGCUAAUAGAAAAAGAAAAAAAAACAAAAACAACAAGAAAAGUGAUAUUGGUUAAGAUGGCAACGGCAUUAGCGCCAAUUACGAAGUUUAAAACUAAACAUUUGUUUCGUCUAAUAAUAAAUGAAGACUAAAACGAAAACUAAAAACGAAUACGCCUUUAGGCCCAAUUGUGGCAAUUAAAGUGAGUUCGUGUGUAGUAAUACUAUUAAUGAUAAAAUAUAAAUUAUGUAACUAUGCCACAUGUGGCGCCAGGAGAAUUAAGCCUUCUCCAAAUUUGUUAAAUAAUGCACCCUUUCUUAUUUCUGCGUUAAACCCAGCAUAUUUAUAACCGAUUAAGUAUUGUAUAUUGUCGGAGCUAAUAUUUAUAUAAAAAAUAUAUACAAAUAUUACAUGUAUUUACUAUGUUUUUGUCCGUACUAUAUUUUAACCUAUUUAAUUCUGCGCCGUACUGCAUUGUAUUGUCAUGCGAAUGUGUUAUUAUCGAUAAUAAUAGCAACUAUAAUGUAGCAUAUCGUUUUCAAUUCUUGUAAGUUUUCAAAUGUUUGAUUUGCUAUUGACGAAUACACACACACACAUACACAUACAUACUAAGCUAAUAAGUAUUAAUUAUUACAUUUAGUACACAGGUGGACUAGUCUCGAAGCAAUACAGAACAAACACAUAUAAAUAUUACAAUAAUUAAUUCAAAUCGAAUUGGGAUUAACUAAGAAAUGUCAAUUCGUUUAGAUAGCACAUUGCAUAGCACUGCAUUGCAGAUUUGUUUACUAAGUUGUAAAAAAGCCAAUUAACUAUAUGUAUAUGUAUGUAUUUAUAUUGCUAAUACGUGUGCAUGUAAAGCAGGUGAUUAUGUGAAGAUAAACAAAACAUCAAGCAAAAUAAAA